AUGCAGUUCAACCCUUUCGUUACCUCGGACCGCAGCAAGAACCGAAAACGCCACUUCAAUGCCCCUUCGCAUGUGCGCAGGAAGAUCAUGUCCUCCCCUCUGUCCAAAGAGCUGCGGCGGAAGUACAACGUGCGCUCCAUGCCCAUCCGCAAGGAUGACGAGGUAGUGCAGCGUGAGAAGGCUAAUGGUACCACAGUGCAUGUGGACAUUCACCCAAGCAAGGUGGUUAUUACCAGGCUGAAAUUGGAUAAAGAUCGGAAAAAAAUUCUUGAACGUAAAGCUAAAUCUCGGCAAGUUGGAAAAGAGAAAGGCAAAUACAAGGAAGAACUAAUUGAGAAAAUGCAGGAGUGA